AUGGUACUCUCUUUGGAGAACAUCAAGCAAUUGGCUAAGCCGGUUACUUCGGUGUACGACAAGAGAAACUAUAACAACAUUCUCAAGCUGGUCAAUGAGCUGGCCGGCAGCGAUCUGAGUCGGGCAUGCGAUGACGAGGUCGAAAGGACGCUGCGGUUCCUGGUCAUGUCUCUUUUUCAAGUCUUUAAGAAGCUUUUCAAAAGAGGCGACCUUGCAGUAGGGAACUUCAAGAGCAAGACUGAAUUGCAGCAGUUUUCCAACUGGUGUAGGAAAAUGUACGAGACUUUCAAGAGUUCGUUGCUCAAGAUCAUAUCUAGUGUGGAUCGCGAGAAUUCUUUGGUUCUUGAUUCGCUGGACGUUUAUUUGCAGCUUCUGGAGAUGGAGUCUGUGCAUUUUGCUUCGAACGCAGACGCACCGUACUUCCCCAACAGGACGUUUAGAAAGCUCAUUGUGGCAAUGUGGGAGUCUGAUCUGGGAGGGCUGGAGCAAAAUUCCUCUACUGGGGAAUCGACAAAUCCGAUUAUCGGAGAAUUUAUCGAAAAGUACUAUAAAAACUAUGCCGAUAUUCAGUUCUACUUUCAGUCCGAGCUGGCCGAUUUACUUGAGACGGAGAAAGACCGCUUCGCCACAGUCAAAGGAAUGGGGAAGUGGAUUGUGGCUGUCAAUCAUGAUAACCAUUGCUGCAAUGCCGACCAGGAGCUGGAAGUUUUUGUAGCCAAUCCCCCGCAAGUGGUAGAAAACGAAUCCAAGUUUAAGUCCAAUUUCGAGAAAAACUGGCUAGUUAUGCUUAAUGGCGGUGUAUCAGUGCCGCAAUACAAGAUAAUCCUUCUCAUUUUGCACAGAAGAAUAAUACCGCAUCUUCAUACACCGACCAAGCUGAUGGACUUCCUGACGGAUUCAUACAACUUGCAAAAUUCGCAAGAUGAUUCUGCAGGCGUGAUACCUAUUCUUGCGUUGAACGGGCUUUUCGAGCUCAUGCUGCGUUUCAAUCUCGAGUACCCAAAUUUUUACAUGAAACUCUAUCAAUUGAUCACGCCAAGUCUGAUGCACGUCAAGUACAGGCCUCGUUUUUUCAGAUUGCUAGAUACCUUUUUGGCAUCGACUCACCUUUCAGCCCAUCUAAUUGCGUCCUUCAUAAAGAAGCUCGCGCGUUUGACUUUAAAUUCGUCGCCAGGCGCUAUAGUAACAGUUAUCCCUUUUGUUUACAAUCUUUUGAAGAAGCAUCCAAGCUGUAUGAUAAUGCUGCACAAUCCAAGAUUUUUGUCGGACCCAUUCAUGACAUCAGAACAGCAAACCAUGUUAAAAAACCUAAAAUUGGAUUAUGUAGAUCCGUUUGAUGCAGAUGAGGAGAAUCCCGAAUUAACACAUGCGCUUGACUCUUCACUCUGGGAGCUGGCGACGCUGAUGGAUCAUUAUCAUCCUAACGUGGCCACUUUGGCUAAAAUAUUUGCACAACCUUUCAGAAAGCUGAACUAUAAUAUGGAAGACUUUUUAGAUUGGAGCUACGAUUCUCUGUUGGCAGCAGAGACUUCUAGAAGACUGAAAGUGCUACCUACAUUGGAGUUUGAGAGAUUUGAUGGUCUUUUCGCCAAUGACGAAAAUGGACAGAAGGCAUACUUGACGGGAGUCGAUUGGUGA